GCGGCGGUUCCGCUUAGUCCUCAGGCCGCCCGGUGGGUCCUCCUCCCCGCCAUUGUAGGAGGCCGCGCCCUGUCCUCUAGUGGUUGGGCCGGUAGCGAGCGGUUGGGCCUGUGGCUGAGUGUUUAGCAAUUGAGUAUCAUGUCUGACAACGGAGAACUUGAAGACAAGCCCCCAGCGCCACCUGUUCGGAUGAGCAGUACUAUUUUCAGUUCAGGAGGCAAAGACCCGUUGUGUGCUAAUCAUAGCUUGAAACCUCUGCCCUCUGUGCCAGAAGAGAAAAAACCCAGGAACAAGAUCAUCUCUAUUUUCUCUGGCACUGAAAAAGGGAGUAGGAAAAAGGAAAAAGAGAGGCCUGAAAUUUCUCCCCCAUCAGACUUUGAACAUACCAUUCAUGUUGGCUUUGAUGCUGUUACUGGAGAAUUCACUGGAAUGCCAGAGCAGUGGGCUCGGCUGCUACAAACCUCAAAUAUCACCAAGCUAGAACAAAAGAAGAACCCUCAGGCUGUAUUAGAUGUGUUGAAGUUCUAUGAUUCUAAAGACACAGCAAAACAGAAGUAUCUGAGCUUGUCUGCAACAGACAAAGAUGGCUUCCCCUCAGGAGCGCCUGCACCCAAUGCAAAAGUAUCAGAGCCUUCUACAGCAACUGAAGAGGAAGAGGAUGAUGAAGCGCCUCCUCCAGUUAUUGCUCCGCGGCCAGACCAUACAAAAUCAAUUUACACAAGGUCAGUAAUAGAUCCCAUCCCAGCACCAUCUAGUGACUCCGGUGACAAUGCUGCAAAAUCAGCUGAUAAGCAGAAAAAGAAAACUAAAAUGUCAGAUGAAGAGAUCAUGGAAAAGCUAAGAACUAUUGUAAGUAUAGGAGAUCCCAAGAAAAAAUAUACCAGAUAUGAAAAAAUAGGGCAGGGGGCUUCGGGGACCGUUUUCAUUGCCAUAGAUGUGGCUACAGGACAGGAGGUUGCUAUUAAACAGAUAAAUCUUCAGAAACAGCCCAAGAAGGAGUUAAUUAUCAAUGAGAUUCUGGUAAUGAAGGAAUUGAAGAACCCAAACAUAGUCAACUUUCUGGACAGUUACCUUGUUGGAGAUGAACUGUUUGUUGUAAUGGAGUACUUGGCUGGUGGGUCUCUCACAGAUGUGGUUACAGAGACUUGUAUGGAUGAGGCACAAAUUGCAGCUGUCUGUAGAGAGUGUUUGCAGGCACUGGAGUUCCUCCAUGCCAAUCAGGUGAUACACAGAGAUAUUAAAAGCGACAAUGUGCUAUUGGGAAUGGAUGGAUCAGUUAAACUGACUGACUUUGGAUUUUGUGCUCAGAUUACUCCAGAACAGAGCAAACGUAGUACUAUGGUUGGGACUCCUUACUGGAUGGCUCCUGAAGUGGUAACACGGAAGGCCUAUGGCCCUAAAGUAGAUAUCUGGUCUCUGGGUAUUAUGGCUAUUGAAAUGGUUGAAGGAGAACCCCCAUAUCUCAAUGAAAAUCCUUUGAGGGCUUUAUAUUUGAUAGCAACUAAUGGCACCCCAGAGCUGCAGAAUCCAGAGAAAUUGUCCCCAAUAUUCCGUGAUUUUCUAAAUAGUUGUUUGGAAAUGGAUGUAGAAAAAAGAGGGUCAGCCAAAGAACUCUUACAGCACCCUUUCCUGAAACUGGCCAAACCUUUGUCAAGCUUGACGCCGCUGAUCCUAGCAGCCAAAGAAGCAAUGAAGAGUAACCGUUAGCAUUGCUGCUGUGGCCUUCAUAAUUUUUUAUUUUUAAAAAUCUUCAUAAUAUAUAAAUUGUUCUUGUUAGGGGCUGAAAGUCUGCAGAAAUGGACAAAAAAUCUCUCACCCGGAACACACACACAGACAAGGAAAAAAAUGUGGUGUUAGUGAACUCUCCUAGGAGCCUGGAAGAAGAUAUGGACUGAAUCACUGGCCUUUUCCCCUUUUUUGCAGACAACUCAAGCAUAUUUUACUAAGCCUGGGAGUCCUUUUUAUGAUUUUGCUGUACCAGAUCCCACUCAUUGUGCUCUGUUGGGGCACUUUCAAUACUUGAACAACAGAUUCAGGCUUUUAGAGGGAGGCAUUACUGUUAAUGUGCUAAUUUUUUUUUCUUCUUCCCUUUCUUUUGUCAGUCAGCCUUUCAAAAUAUGGUAUGUUCCAAGUUAUUGGAUAAAAGGCAGAUGGAUAGAAAUGUGAAAGUACCUCUGAUCCCUUUUUCUUAAGUACAGUUUAGCUAUAGCUGUAUUGUAGCAUUAACCACCCAGCUACCUAAGAACCAUAAUUUUUCAUUGACUUUGCUUAAAGACAGAAGAACAUGUGAAGAGAGGGAAGAAAAAGUCUCAGCAAAGUUGUUGCAUGGACUUCUUAACCCAAGGGAAAGAUUCUUCUGAAUUCUGGAGAUGGAAUAUGAAUGUGAGGAAAAGGAGGAGUUUGUGUGUGCGUGUGUGUGUAUGUUUAAUGCUUAAACUACCCUCUGGGCUUGGGGAGAGAAUCCCAGUCCUGUAAAUUGUCUUCCACUCCUCCCUUGCCUCUUUAGGCUUGUUAACAUUUAAAGGGAUGUCUUGAAAGUUUGUGGUUUUAUAGCAAAGUGCUGUAUCCAUUCUCUGACUUGGGCUUUAUGCUGGUGCCUUCUGAAUUUUUAAAUUACCUUCUUUGUAUUAAAUACAUUUUGUAUAUGUUGUACAUUUUUUCUCCAAAAGCAAAUAAUGCACCAACUUUGGAAUUGUCAGGACUUCUAUUAGAGCUGUUCCUCUUUUAUAUAUGUAUGUGCGCGAUUUCUACUAACAAAAGACCCAGCAGAUUUGCAAAAUGGGAAAAAUCAAAGACUUUUUGUAUAAUUCAGCCAAGUGAAACUUCUGAACACCUAAAGUGCUAUUUUGUGGAGACAAAAAUUCAAGGAGGUAUAGCUUAGAUUCAGUGUUUGAAUUGGCUUGCUGGAGAAACUUACUUUCUCAUGGUGGCCCUUUCCUGAAAGACUUACCAAUUAUUAUGGCAAAAGAUACACGCAAGAUAAAGUGCCUCUUUAAAUAAAAGGAAAUAAUUGGAGCCAUAGAAGAGUUCCAGGUGACACAGCCAGAUAGACCAUGAGGGGUUCCUGGUCACUCACAUCAGCCUUUUUAAAAUCACUGUAUUUUUAUGUGCAGCUUAUAUUGAAGACUUCCUGAGUGGUAAUGUGCCAAACUGUAAUACAAAAGAUUUAUUCAUUUGGUGCUAUAGCUUUGCCACACUCCUAGAUGGUAUUCUUAGGAGGACAUCUCAAAGCUCUGGUUUUUAAAAAAAUCCUUUAGUGGCCUUUCUGAUGGUCAGUGAAAAAACCUCUUUGAACAAUUUGGACAAGUAUUGGUAAAGGUACAUAAUUAUGUUGGGGUUUCAUGCAUAGGUUGCUGCAAUAACACAUAUUUGAUUCCAAGUUAGGAGCCAUUGCAUCCCACGAGCUUGGAAGUGCUUGCAGCAGCCACUGACACUCUGCUUUGCACUGACAAAUGCCUUAUUUGUACAGUGGAAAGCAACGCCACACUCCCAUGUUUAGCUUUUUAUCUUGUGAAAAGUAUUCCUUUAGAAAAGACCUGACAAGGCAGCCCAUUUAUUUUCAGUGCAUUUAUAAUAUUCACAAUUUGGUCCCAGGAAGUGUUAAGUCCUGGUUGGUAUAAUAUUUUAGGAUGCUGUUCUUCCCCUUGCCAUAACUUGCAAUACCAGUCACCUUACUGUAAAAGUUAGAAUAGUCUUGCUUUUAAAUGUGUUGUAUGUGAAUCAAGCCAAGACACUUAAAAAAGAAAAGAAAACCUUACAUUUAAUGUUAAUGUUAGCAUUGGGUCUUUGUCUAUUGCUGGCAAUAGAUUGUGUGGAACCCAUGACUCUGGCUUAGGUGUGUUGAUAUUUUUUUUUUAAAUAGUAGCACUGGUAAAGUUAAAAAAACAGUUAGGAAAAGUAACUUUUAAACAAGACCAUAAUCUUUAUUGCCCUUUAAGUUAUUUCAUAAAACAUUUAUCUGAAAUUAGCAAUCUAUUGCAUAUCUAUCCAUAUCCUCAAAUCUUUAAGAAAUCACUAUACAAUUUGGACUAGCCCUGGAGUAGUUGAAGCACAUUUGGAGUAGAGAUCUCUCACAUUAUGUCCAUAUAGACACUCUUGAAAGUAACUUGCAGUUUUGUACUACAGCAGAGUAUUCAUCUAAAUUGUCUUGCUGCUUUGUGCUAAAAAGGACUAAGUACAGAAUUAGGAGAGAUCAUGUGUCUAGAGGAGCCAUUCGGAAGUCCAUGACCCAUGGUUCAUUAUAUAGCCAUGUAUACAGUUUCGGUGCACAUGAUCUGAAUAUAUAUUGCAAGAUGUGUUUAAAAGCUUGAUUUAGAAAUGGAUGCAUGGCAGCCCUGUGAGGUCAGCCUUGGAUUUCUGACAGCACAAUCCUGGAAUAUAUAGCUAAUUAGUACUAGGUUGAGAACACUGAACAGAGCAUUGCUAGGAUUCUCACCUGACUAACUUCUUGGCUAACUAUGACUUACCCACAUUUCCAGUUGCUAAUGGGAAUAUGCAAUGACUGAUAUAGAUUGGGGGCUUAUUUUUUUACCUAUAGUGAUUUUGAUCAGCCUAAAUUAAAUGUGUGUGGGGGGGGGGAUUGAAUGCUUCGUCUUGGGGCUAGACCCUCGUUUAAUGCGUCAUUGAAAAAUGGCUGAUGGUCAUAAAGUGGGAGCUGAGUCUGUAGUAGAAGGUUCAUUGCCUCAGAAUUUAAUCUGGGCUAAUAAAGUCACCUUAACUGAAAAUAAGCCCUCCAAGUGCUGAUGUGGAUCACCUUUUGGACGUAUUUUCAGUGGUGAGUUAUAAUUGAUGGUUUGAAUAUAUGUGAGAAGGGUGUCUUGUUCUGUGAAAGCUGAGUAAUCUGGAAUAAUCAGCUCCCAGAGGUCGUCCCCCUUCCCCUGAAAUUGAAACAGACUUGAUUUGUGACCAUAAAAUGUUCCAUUGAGCGUGCACUGGUUUGGGUAGAGACUCUUACCACUUGAGUAUGUAUCUUUUUAAGUUAAGUGAUCACCAUAUAUGUACUUUAUGGCAAUUUGGAGUAAAUUAACUUUGCUAGUAGAGUUGGAGGUGUUUUUUGGUAUGUGUCUACAUAGCUGGAAUUAAGAACACCUUGAAAUGAUUUCUUUCUAUACAUCUUUUUCUCACUUUGCCCAAACGGAAAUGGAUGUAGGUGCAAACUUUCAAUAUUUUUUUACUGUCUUCAGAUUUUAUUGCCUUUUGUUUAAUUUAAUCCCAAUCUGUUAUUUAAUUGUUACUGCAAUAUUAACUACUGUAUUUGACUAUGUUUAAUGACUUUGUUCUUUCAGGGCUAGAAAUAAAAAUUUCUAAAACGUGUAA